UCAUCAUUAUCAAGCUGUGGUGAUCCAGAUCGUUUACCAGAAUUACCACCUGGUGAUGAACAACGUUUACAACGUGCCGCCUUACAUUUACAACAGAAGCUGAUACUUAGAGAAUGGUUAAAAGAGCAUAGAUUACAACAUCAUUAUUCACGUUUAAUAGCAAUUGAAGUUGUAUCAUUAGAAGAUGUUUAUUGGUUAGAAGAUUCAAGAGCUAGUAAAUUACUUGGUAAAGAUUGGUCAAAUUGGUCACAAGCAAGACAAAAAUUACCAACAUCAAAAGCUCAAUUAGAAUCAUUAAAAGCUCAAUUAUGGUCAACAGUUGUAAAAUCAUCACAACAUCAAGAUGCAUGGACAUGGGGUGGUAUGCUUGUAGUAUCAGUUUCUGUAGCUGGACUUGUGACAUUAGCUGCAAUGACACAACCAUCAUUAGCACCGGAGGCACGACAUUCAUUAUUACAAUAUGUAACUGGUAAAUAUUUAUUACCAGCUAAUUGUAAAGUACAUUGGGAUUGGAAAGAUCCGCAUGUUGUUGGUGAUACAAUGUGCUUUAUUGUACGUUUCUUUCAACGUAAUGGACAGCCUUAUCCAAUCUGUGAUACUGAUCAAUUUUUUGUUGAAGUAACUGAAGGUACACGUAAAGUGGUUACCAUUAGUGAAUUGGGAUCCUCAACAGAUCCAAAUAAUGCUAAUAUUGCUAAAGUUAAAUUUACAGUUAGAACAGCUGGUACAUAUAAAAUAUCUGUAUUAAUUGGAUCUAGUCAUAUAGCUGGUAGCCCAUUUACAAGAAGUUUUGUACCGGGUCCAAUGGAUGCAAGACGUUCUAGAUUUAUUCGACCAGCUAGUACAGUAGUUUGUUGUGCCGGUUCACCAACACUUUUGCAUAUCGAACCAAGAGAUGAAUUCGGAAAUAAUUGUAUUUUUGGAGCCGAUGAUGAUCCAACGAAGGGCUACGAUGUUGAAAUAUUCGAUUUACAUGGUAAUACAGCAGAGAAACUAUCACGUGCCAUAUCAUUUUCAUAUGAUAAAGUCAACUCACGUGUCGCUGUAACAGCUCUAUUCCCCGAACCGGUAUGCCUUCGUGCUGUGAUCAGUUAUCAAGGACAAAAAUUACCAAAUGGAGAUUUUGAUAUCAUUGUGUUGAGUAGUAGCGAUACAACAUUAGUACACAAAAAUAUUGCAUCUCGUAAGCACAAUAUUUGUUAUGAAGCGAAACUUUUAAGUAUUUAUGGGCAACCAAAAUCUAAAGCACGUCGUGUUCUAUGUUAUGUUGGACCAAAACAGAUAACAAUUAAGGAAAUGAUCCUUAAAUUCAUUCCGAAACGUAUUGCAACAUUUCGGUUAUGCCCUUCAACAAAAUUUCAUUUUCUACCACCAAAUAUAACUCAAACACAUGGACCAGUUUUUAUUAUUGAUGAUGGAUCACAACCAAAAAUCGAAUUAGCAUCAAAAGAUCGAAAUAUUAUUGCUGCAACAUUUACACAUUUCUUAUUAAAGAAUAUUGGUGGUUCCGAAACAUUUAAAGAUAAACAAGAUUUCUUUUAUCAUGAAGUUCGAAAAUUUCAUUCAAAUUAUUAUCAUGAGAAAUUAUCAUUAAAAGUUAAUCGUGAAAAAAUUUUAGAAAGUAGUAUGAAAGCGACAAAAGGUUUUUCUGUUAGCGAUUGGUGCGGUAAUUUUGAAGUAACAUUUCAAGGUGAACAAGGAAUCGAUUGGGGUGGUCUAAGACGAGAAUGGUUUGAAUUAAUUUGUAGUUCAUUAUUUGAUCCACGUGGUGGCUUAUUUUGUACUUUUCAUGAUAAACGUCAAGCAUUAGUACAUCCGAAUCCACAUAGAUCAUCACAUUUAAAAUUAAAACAUUUUGAAUUUGCUGGUAAAAUUGUUGGAAAAUGUUUAUAUGAAAGCGCAUUAGGUGGUUCCUAUAGACAAUUAGUAAGAGCUAGAUUUACACGUUCCUUUUUAGCGCAAUUAAUUGGUUUAAGAGUUCAUUAUAAGUAUUUCGAACAAGAUGACCCCGAUUUAUAUUUAUCGAAAAUAAAAUAUAUCCUAGAAACCGAUUUAGAUACUAGUGAAUCAUUGGAAUUAUAUUUUGUUGAAGAAGUUUAUGAUGUUAGCGGUCAACUAUCAAAAACAGUUGAAUUAAUACCAAAUGGUUCAAGAGUACGUGUUACAAAUUCAACAAAAAAUCAAUAUUUAGAUGCAUUAGCUCAACAAAGAUUAUGUAAUAGUGUUAAAGAUGAAGUUGAUAGUUUUUUAAAAGGAUUAAAUGGUAUUAUACCAGAUAAUUUAUUAAGUAUUUUCGAUGAAAAUGAACUUGAGUUAUUAAUGUGUGGUACUGGUGAAUAUUCUAUAGCUGAUUUUAAACAGCAUCAUAUCGCAAAUGGUAAUUCAGCUGAAUUUCGACGUGUAUUAGGUUGGUUUUGGGCAGCUGUUAGUAAUUUUAGUCAAACGGAAAUGGCAAGAUUAUUACAAUUUACAACUGGAUGUUCACAAUUACCGCCAGGUGGUUUUCAAGAAUUAAAUCCACGUUUUCAAAUAACAGCAGCACCAACAUUUGGUAAUUUGCCAACAGCUCAUACAUGCUUUAAUCAAUUAUGCUUACCAGAUUAUGAAAGUUAUGAGCAAUUCGAAAAGGCUCUAUUACUUUCGAUUAGUGAAGGAAGUGAAGGUUUUGGUAUGGUUUAAGAGAAGACGGCAAACAUCAGUAAUUUAUAAUUCGUUCUUCCUAAUCGAAAACAAAUUCAUGCUGUUUUAAAUAUAUUGCUGAUUAAUAUUUUAAUAAUUUAUAGAAAACAAACAACAAACAUCCGAUACGAAAUUUCGAAUAAAACAAAAUGGAAUCGUUAAUUAUAAUAUUCUUUAAA